AAGUGAGAAACCUGAGAAGACCAUUAUGAAGACCAUCGUCAUUUUGAUUGUGCUGAUCGCUACGGGAGUGGCUUACGCCGACAAUGAAUAUGCACGAAGAUGGAGACAAGACUAUAAGGAAUGUGCUGAAAUGUUUGGUGUGCACAUUGACGUCCGAAUCGAUCUGAUCCUAUGUGCAGCGAUCAAAGAUGGUGAAUUUCUGUAUACAGAUGGUUCAUACAAUGCAGAAUUAGGUUUACGGAAUUUACAAAUGCUCAUUCCCGACCCAGUCAGAUUUCAACAUGCAUCUCUAAUAUAUCACAAAUGCGAUAUUGAAGAUUUGAAUGUGUGA